AUGCAGUUCCCUCUGUUCCUGACUGCCGCUGCUCUUGUCGGCCAAGCCAGCGCCUUCUACGGCCAAAUGGCUGCCUCUGCCUACGAGGCCAACGAGGGCGGUACUUUCCAAAUCAUCUAUCUCACCGACUACAACACUGGCUCUACUUAUUCUGGAACUCUCCGCGGAGGAUUCAAUGGCUGUGCUAGCUCUGAAUGCUCUAUCGACUUCUACGAGACCAGCUCUGGAGGAUACAACUUCGAGGCUCUCAUGUGGCGAACCAGUGAUGGAUGCCAUAACAUUGACUUUGAGGGCGCCUUCAGUGCUGGCCAUGGAUACUGCUGUGGCUCUCUGCCUUGCGAUAUCUCUGCUUAA